AUGGCGACCCCAUCGGCAAUCACUAUCGGGAACUCCUUUACGGGAAAAUGGAUGGUAAACAAGAAGGUUUCGCCUGGUCCAGAACCGACAUUGAAGCUUCAAGGAGUCGGCUGGGUUCUGCGUAAGGCGGCUGCUCUGGCAGUGGUGACCCUCCAUAUCUCCAUCUCGUCACCCUCAGCCAGCCAGUCCGAUACCGCUUCUCCACAAAAAUCUCAUAUUUCCGUCAUCCAAGUCCCCACUGCAGGGCUGGGAGGGACUUCGGAGACCAGGAUACUGGAUUGGGACGAACGGACCCAACUGAAGGAUUUCAUUUUUGGUAACCGUCAAUCACGGAAUCGGUUUGUUACCGGUAAAGCCGGGGUCGAUGGCCGGAUUCUGCCCGACCUGGUCCCGGAGACGAAAAUUGAUAACGAGGUGAUUGGUCAGAUGCUGAGAGGAGAGAUCCCACCCGAAGGGGACGAUGGGAGUGGAUUCCUGGUGGAAGGUCACGAUGAAGCUGAGAAUGCAGGACUGUGGAUCCAUAGCUUCGAUUGCCAGAGUGACGGGGCCUGGACUAUGGAGCAGGUUUGGGGCUUUGAGAUGAUUAGAGGGGAGAGAUAUCAUACGCGAAGAUUUGUGGCUGCCAGCAAGGGCAAUUUUGUGAUGGGUCGUGUUGUUUUUUCCUAUGCUGGAUCUAUUGAGGGGUUGGACCUGAGCUGA